UAUGCAUCGCACAGCUGCACCUGGAGGCACCCAAACCAUGAGCGUGCUUCUCCUGGGGCUCCUCCUGCUGGUGGGCACCAAUUCAGCCCUGGACAGCUCCUUCCUGCCAGGCACCUACCCCAAGGAUGAGGCUGGUGCCAGAGACUUUGCCGAUGCCUACAACAGCACAGCAGAGGUUAUCCUAUUCAAGAGUGUGGAAGCCAGUUGGGCAUAUAACACCAACCUGACUGACUACAACUCCAAGCAGCAGAUUCUAGCUUCCAUGGAGGAGCAGGAGUUUAAUGAGGCAUGGGGUAUGAAGGCUAAGGAACUUUUCAAUGAUGUGUGGGAAAACUUUACAGAUCCAUUACUCAAGAAAAUUAUCAGUUCUAUAAGGACCCUCGGAGCAUCAAACUUGAACUUGACUGCAAGAGAGGAGUAUAACACCAUUCUUAGCGAGAUGGACAGCAUCUAUUCAACAGCCAAAGUUUGCCCUCCCAAUGCGACUGCGAAAUGCUGGUCUUUGGAACCCGAAAUAACAGAGAUCAUGGCAACAUCCAGGAGUUACAAGAAGCUUCUCUAUGCCUGGGAAGGCUGGCAUAACUCUGCAGGGAUCCCACUAAAGGAGAAAUACUUACGAUUUGUGCAGCUCAGUAAUGAAGCUUACAGGAUGGACGGAUAUAAGGACACUGGUGCCUACUGGCGCUCUUGGUAUGCAUCUCCGACAUUUGAAGAGGACCUGGAUGGCCUAUACCAACAACUAGAACCUCUAUACCUCAAUCUACAUGCCUUUGUACGCAGGAAACUGUACGAGCGCUAUGGGGCUAAAUAUAUCAACUUGAAAGGACCAAUUCCAGCUCAUCUGUUUGGUAACAUGUGGUCCCAGCAGUGGAAUAAUAUCUACGACAUGAUGAUUCCCUUCCCAGACAAGACCAAUAUAGAUGUCACUAAUACAAUGAGGGAAAAGGGAUGGAAUGCUACCCAUAUGUUCAGAGUUUCAGAGGAGUUCUUCACCUCCCUGGGUCUGCUGGAGAUGCCCCCAGAGUUUUGGGAGAAGUCAAUGUUGGAAAAACCAGCAGAUGGACGUGAGGUGGUGUGCCAUGCAUCUGCAUGGGACUUCUACAACCGUAAGGACUUCCGGAUAAAGCAAUGCACUACAGUCACUAUGGAGCAGCUCUUCACUGUGCACCAUGAGAUGGGCCACGUGGAGUAUUACCUGCAGUAUAAGGAUCAGCCGGUCACAUACCGCCGGGGGGCAAACCCAGGCUUCCAUGAGGCCAUAGGAGAUGUGCUCUCCCUUUCAGUCUCAACCCCAGGACACCUGAAAACAAUUGGGCUUCUUGAUACUGUCACUAAUGAUAAAGAAAGUGAUAUCAAUUAUCUGUUGAAAAUGGCUCUGGAGAAGAUUGCCUUCCUGCCAUUUGGCUUCCUGAUUGAUCAGUGGAGAUGGAAUGUCUUCAGUGGCCGCACACCUCCCACCAGAUACAACUACGACUGGUGGAACCUUCGAACAAAAUAUCAAGGUAUCUGCCCACCAAUCUCAAGAGAUGAUAACCAAUUUGAUGCUGGGGCAAAGUAUCAUAUUCCAGGCAACACACCUUACAUCAGGUACUUUGUGAGUUUUGUGCUGCAGUUCCAGUUCCAUAAGGCUCUCUGUACAGCAGCCAAACAUACAGGUCCCCUGCAUACAUGUGAUAUUUACAGAUCCCAGGAGGCUGGAAAAAUUCUUGGAGAUGUUCUCCGGUCAGGAUCCUCCAAGUCUUGGCAGGAGGUUCUGAAGGACAUGACAGGUAGUGAAAAGAUGGAUGUUGGGCCCUUGCUUGAAUACUUCACCCCUGUCACACAGUGGCUGAUUGAGCAAAACACCAAAAAUAACGAGAUUCUCGGCUGGCCGGAUUUUUCAUGGACGCCUCCAAUACCCGAUGGAUAUCCAGGAGAUAUUGAAAAAAUUGCAAAUGAGAAAGAAGCUGAUACUUUCCUGUCCGAUUAUACCAAGUCAGCAGAGGUGGUGUGGAACGAUUAUACGGAGGCAUCAUGGGCCUAUAACACAAACAUCACUGAGGCCAACAAGCAAGUUAUGCUGGACAAAAACCUGGCCAUGUCGGGACACACCUUACAAUAUGGGCUGCAGGCAAGAAACUACGAUUACAGUGAUUUCCAGGACCCUGAGACACAGCGCAUUCUGAGGAAACUCAGUGAGAUCGAUAAAGCUGCUCUUUCAGAGGAGGAACAGAAAGAGUACAAUCAAAUCACAUCCGACAUGGAGACUAUUUAUAGUGUGGCCAAAGUUUGCAAGGAUGGUAACACAAACUGCCAUCCUCUUGAUCCAGACCUAACAGAGAUCUUGGCCAAGUCUCGGGACUAUGAUGAGCUUCUGUUUGCUUGGAAAGGGUGGAGAGAUGCUUCAGGCAAACAAAUCCGUGAAAAAUACAAGAGAUAUGUACAAUUGGCCAACAAAGCUGCACAGCUCAAUGGUUACAAUGACAAUGGAGCAUACUGGAGAUCUUGGUAUGAGACCCCAACACUUGAAUCAGAUGUUGAGAAACUUUAUGACGAGUUGCAGCCUCUCUACCUCAAUUUGCAUGCAUAUGUGCGCAGGGCUCUUUACAAGAAGUAUGGAGAUAAAAGAAUCAACCUAAAGGGGCCAAUUCCUGCUCAUCUCUUGGGUAACAUGUGGGCACAGUCCUGGUCUAACAUUUAUGAGUUGUUGGUUCCAUAUCCCAAUGCUGCACAAGUGGAUGCUACUCCAGCCAUGAUUGCUAAGAAUUGGACUCCAAAAAGGAUGUUUGAGGAAUCUGACAACUUCUUCAAGUCUCUGGGGCUUCUCCCAAUGCCACAGGAAUUCUGGGAUAAAUCCAUGAUCGAGAAGCCUAAAGACAGAGAGGUAGUGUGCCAUGCAUCUGCUUGGGACUUCUACAACCGCAAAGAUUUCAGGAUUAAACAGUGCACAGUGGUAAACAUGGACGACCUAAUCACAGUCCACCAUGAGAUGGGGCACGUUCAAUAUUUCCUUCAGUACAAGGAUCAGCCUAUCUUGUUCCGUGAGGGAGCCAACCCAGGUUUCCAUGAGGCAAUUGGGGAUGUGCUUGCUCUUUCAGUCUCUACACCAAAACACUUGCAAAGCAUUGGCCUUUUGGAUAAGGUGGAGGACAACCCAGAAAGUGAUAUUAAUUAUCUCAUGAGUAUUGCACUGGAUAAAAUUGCCUUCCUUCCAUUUGGUUUCCUCAUGGAUCAGUGGCGCUGGAAGGUGUUUGAUGGAAGAACACCAGAUUCAGAAUACAACCAACAGUGGUGGAACCUCAGGUUGAAGUAUCAGGGCCUUGUUCCUCCAGUACUAAGGACUGAAAACGAUUUUGAUCCAGGUGCUAAAUUCCACAUUCCAGCCAGCGUACCCUACAUCAGGUACUUCAUCAGUUUUGUCAUCCAGUUCCAGUUUCAUGAAGCUCUUUGUAAAGCAGCAAAUCAGGAAGGACCUCUGCACAAAUGUGACAUCUACCAAUCCACGCAGGCUGGAAAACUGCUCGGAGAUGCCAUGAAGUUGGGAAACAGCAAACCUUGGCCAGAAGCUAUGCAAACAAUUACUGGACAAAGGAACAUGUCUGCUCAUGCCCUUCUCAAAUACUUCCAGCCCCUGACUGACUGGCUUAUCAAGGAGAAUACAAAGAAUGGCGAAACCUUAGGAUGGCCAGAAUACAACUGGAGCCCAGUACAAUCCGUUCCUCUGCCACCGUCUGGAGAUUCUAACUCUGACUUCUUGGGACUGGCGGUUAGCAAUAGCCAAGCAGCUGCUGGACAAUGGAUUCUCCUGGCUUUGGGCAUUGUCCUCAUCAUCACCACCAUUGUCUUUGGUGUGCUAUACUCAAAAAUGAAAAGCAGAGCUAAGAUGUCCAGCUCUCAGAUGGAGCUGAAAUAGACAAAGAUAUCACUGAUUGCAAGUGUAUGCUUCUCAGUGGUAGGGACCACUUCCAGCAUUCCAAAACUUGUGGACACGUAGUGUGUGCGUUCCAUCAGGGCAAAAUUUUUUUUGACUAUGCAAAGAAUUUAAUCCAUGGGAAAUAAAUCCACUUGCGCCUUUAAUGCUAUGAUUAAAAGGAUGUACUGUUCUACAGGUGCUGUUGGGAUCCGAGGGGAGGGUAAGGGGUUUAUUGGUUGAGAUUCUAUUUAAAUAAAUGGAUCACAGGAAGCAAGAUCUGUUCAGAUCUUUUCUCCAGCAACAGGAGCAAUAAAUUGUGUUGUGAAAA